CCCAGCAGACGACAGGCACAGGAAAGGACAAAGCUGGCCAUGCUGAAAGUGGUCAGGAGUCUUGAUCCAGACACUCAUAACAUCGUCCGCUUCCAUGAAGGCUUUUUCUAUCGCGGACUCACGUGUCUGGUGUUUGAACAGCUACACAUGAGUCUCCUCGACUACAUGAGACAGACACACUUUAAACCUCUGUCUCUGAAUGAGAUUCGUCCCAUCACAGUACAGCUGGCCACCGCCUUCAAAGCUCUGAAGAGCAUCGGGCUGAUUCACACAGACCUGAAACUAGACAACAUCAUGCUGGUUGACCAAGUCAAUCAGCCGUUCAGGGUGAAGCUGAUUGAUUUUGGUCUGGCUGUUCUCUCCUCUGAGGUUCAGCGUGGCAGCAUCCUUCAGCCUCUUGGUUACAGGGCACCAGAAGUUGUCUUGGGCCUCCCCAUCUCAGAGGCAAUAGACAUGUGGUCCCUUGGCUGUGUAAUGGCAGCGAUGUUCUUGGGAAGGAACCUCUACCCUUCUUGGAAAGAAUUUGACAUGAUGAGAGCCAUUGUGGCAACACAAGGCAUGCCAGCAGAUCACUUGUUGGAUGCUGGUUUGAGGACGAGGUGUUUAUUCACCAGGGACUCAAAACAUCAAACUUGGAGGCUCAAGCUGCCAUGGGAGUACUUCCGGGACACAGGAAAAUCGCCCAGGUGCCCCAGCAGGUUUAGGUUGGGCUCCCUUGAUGUCCUGUUGAAGUGCAAACCUGAGGGGGCAGGCGAGCACGAGGAGGAAGACAUCCAGGCAUUUGUUGAUCUGCUCAAAAGAAUGCUCAACCUGGAUGCUGCCCAGAGAAUCACCCCCAGCCAAGCUCUGAGACAUCGCUUCCUCAGCAUGACCCACCUUGCUAUGGGCUACCACCACAGCUCCUACGUGAUGGACUCCUUUGACAUCAUGUCCAUCUGCCCACUCUCGGAGUUGUCUUGGGGGUCUGAGAUCAAUGAAACCUGCAACCAGCAAGACCAGAACCCCAUGACCUCCCUCACAGAUUCUAAUGGCGGAGGAGAUGAUAAAGAGGAGGGUGACAUCAAAGGAGUUGAUGAUAAAUUGGAGGUUGACAUCAAAGGAGGAGAUGAUAAAGAGGAGGGUGACAUCGAAGGAGGAGAUGAUAAAGAGGAGAGUGACAUCGAAGGAGGAGAUGAUAAAGAGGAGGGUGAGAUCGAAGGAGUUGAUGAUAAAUUGGAGGGUGACAUCGAAGGAGGAGAUGAUAAAGAGGAGGGUGACAUCGAAGGAGUUGAUGAUAAAUUGGAGGGUGACAUUGAAGGAGAUGAUAAAAAGGAGGGUGACAUCGAAGGAGGAGAUGAUAAAGAGGAGGGUGACAUCAAAGGAGAUGAUAAAGAGACGGGUGAUAUCGAAGGAGGAGAUGAUAAAGAGGACGGUGACAUCAAAGGAGUUGAUGAUAAAUUGGAGGUUGACAUCAAAGGAGGAGAUGAUAAAGAGGAGGUUGACAUCGAAGGAGGAGAUGAUAAAGAGGAAGGUGACAUCGAAGGAGCUGAUGAUAAAUUGGAGGGUGACAUUGAAGGAGGAGAUGAUAAAGAGGAGGGUGACAUUGAAGGAGGAGAUGACAAAGAGGAGGGUGACAUCGAAGGAGGAGAUGAUAAAGAGGAGGGUGACAUCGAAGGAGACGAUAAAUUGGAGGGUGACAUCGAAGGAGUUGAUGAUAAAUUGGAGGGUGACAUCGAAGGAGGAGAUGAUAAAGAGGAGGGUAACAUCGAAGGAGUUGAUGAUAAAUUGGAGGGUGACAUUGAAGGAGAUGAUAAAAAAGAGGGUGACAUCGAAGGAGCAGAUGAUAAAGAGGAGGGUAACAUCGAAGGAGUUGAUAAUAAAUUGGAGGGUGACAUUGAAGGAGGAGAUGAUAAAGAGGAGGGUGACAUUGAAGGAGUUGAUGAUAAAUUGGAGGGUGACAUUGAAGGAGGACAUGAUAAAGAGGAGGGUGACAUCGAAGAAGGAGAUGAUAAAGAGGAGGGUGACAUUGAAGGAGGAGAUGAUAAAGAGGAGGGUGACAUCGAAGGAGGAGAUGUUAAAGAGGAAGAUAACAUCAAAAGAGAAGAUGGUGUAGAGGAAGGGAACAUCGAAAGAGAAAAUGAUGAAUAUAAGGGAUACACUGGGGACAGUAACAAAGCGGGGCUCAUCCAAAGAGAAGAAGUUGAAAAGAAGGGAGACAGAAGAGAAAAUGGAGGAGGGGAGCAGAUGAGAAGUGAAGGAGCAGGAUGUAGAGACAAAAUUGGUGGAGAAAAAGAUGAAGGGUUGAAAAGAGAAAGUAAAAGAAAAGGAGGAAGAGGAAGAUGGAGAAAGAGUUGGAUAAGUAGGAAGAGGAAAGGAAAAGAUGAAGAAGAGGGGAAGGAGGAGAAAGCAGAGGAGGCGGAGGAGCAAAACAAAGAGGACAAGAUGAAACAGAGCACAUUGAUAUCCCCACCAACAAAAGCUAAUAUUCUUACUCCUCCUUCCCCCUCCUCACUUUCAUCCCCUCUCCUUCGCCCCUCGGCAGGUCCUCUAUGCUGCACACUCCUCUAACCCAAUAGACAUGUAACAUAAAUGUAUAAAUGUUAAAUGUAAAUAUUGAGCCUACAUAUAAAUGUUAAAUAGUCAGGUGAAUGUUGAAGCUAGAUGUGCUCGGUGUCAGCACUCUCAUCAGAGCCCCUGAGUCUUCUUCCUGUGAGGACAUCUUCUGACAUACCUGCACUGAGACAGCUGGACGCAGGAAGCUGUAUGUAAGAAUGUCCAGUCAGUCCUGGCUCAUCCUGGCCACCCCCUGUCCAAGGACUUCAAGUUGCUUCCGUCUGGCAACAGAUACAACCUGCCAACACGCAGGACCAAUAGACUCAAGAACUCAUUUGUCCCGGCUACAAUUAGCCUUUUAUUUACUGUUAUUUGUCUGAUGGACAAUUGUUUAUAAACUGUAUAUAAGAUAAAUAUGAUGAAUUAAUUGAUGAGUAGUGCAGAAAGGGUAGGCUUAAAUAAGUUUAUACUUCCUCCUACUCCUUUGUGAACAUGUUAUAUUUAAUUUGUGUUGUUUAUGAUAAUUUUAUUGAUUUUGUUGCAUAGGUUUAUUCACUUCACUUUAAUAUUAUUUUGUUUAUAUCCUUUUUGUGUUUUUUGUGUUGUUGUUUUUUCACGUUCAAAA